AUGACGGCAACCAAAUCAGAGCCAUCAACACCAUCGAAAAAGCACAAGAAGAGGAAGAGGGUCGCAGCAGAAGCCGACCCGGAGAAGCCCCAACAAGUCCAAGCCACCAUCAGAGUCAUCCCGGGAAACCCAGAGAGGAUCCCACCUCUGGUGGGCUAUUUCCCAUCUGGGUUUGACCCGACCCAGAACCCAGACCCGGAUUCAACCAAAGUUGGAGUCUUUAGGCACAAGGAGAGAGGUGGGACUAGGCUUCAGGUUGUGGUGACCCCAAACAAGGAGCCUAAGGUUGAUUUUGUUGGGACUAGCUAUGCUGGUGAGGCUCAGGCUGGGGAGCUCUGCAGUUAUGGACUUGGGAUUCUUGAUAAGGCCACACAGACAUUGAAGAUUGUGCCUAUUGCUAGCAACAAGAUAUUUAGAUUGGAGGCAAAGAUUCAAGGCCUUGACUCUGCUGGUAAGGAGCCUGCAGGUUCAGGUAUUGGAGAACUUUCUACACUGGAGAAGGCAAAAAGACGUAAUGAACUUCAUAAUCUUUACGGAACAAAGAAGUCUAUAAGACAGAAUAAAAAAAUGCAAACCUUGAAGCAAGAAGAUGAUCCUGAUUCUCAAAAUGAUCUGGAUGCAAUCAAACAAGGUAUGAUAGACAGGGAGGAUACUGAAGCUUCUGAAGGCCAUAAAGAUCGCAAUACCCCACCAUUUAAUGCUUCUGCCACCACUCCCCAUGAGGCUUAUCCACUGGAUAAGAUCAUCACCACAGAAGAGUGGAAAUUCCUCCAAGAUAUUUAUAAGCUUUCGGAAGGUGGAGCAGAAAUUUCACAGGUUUCUUUUCCAGCAUUUGUAUGCAACCGGGUCCAUAAACUGCAGCUGAUUGAGGAUGAAGACAAGAGGAAUAAGCUGUCUUGUAUUUUCUCAUAUAUUACGCAUCUUGUAAAGUUCAAAGAUCUGCAUUCCAUGGAUGGGUUUUCCUCGGCAAAGGGACACAGAUUCCCAAGCAUGAUAAAGGAUAAAUUUUCGACCAUGUUUGAUGCAGUGUCAAAGAGGCUAUCAACUGAGAAAAAUAAUCUUCUCAUUAGUUAUGUCUUGGUGCUCACACUUUUUGCGGAUGAAUUCCAAACAAGUAUGACAGACAUAGCAAAGGAUCUGAGAAUGAGUAAUGCAACUUUAAGGACGCAUUAUGAGACCUUGGGUUGCAAGGUGUCUAAGAAGAACGAUGUAUCAACAGUCACCCUUCCUGUGCCCCUCCAGUUUCCAACAGUGAGGCGCAAGCGACGCAAUAGAUGAUCUGUUGGAUUUUGUUAUUGUGAUCAUUUGACAGCACAUGGAAGAAUACAGGUAUUUGGCCAGAAAGUGUCUUUGAACUUUAUAUAUUGUUUGAACGUUUUAUGUUACUGUGCUUUUGUAGCAGUAAUUGAGUGGAAGUUUUAUCUUGCCUCUUGUUGUUUUUGUCAAUACAUUUCUAUUGUAGGCUUAUUAACCAUUGAAU